AUGAUGCGUAUGGAGGACGAGAUAGCGGGGAAAGCUUUCCCCAGUUCUGGUAGGCCCUUCCUAGAUCCUGCUUUGCUUUUUCCCAAGCCGUGUUUCUGUCCUUUUGAGGCUGGCCACAGAUUGUUCCUGGACGAUGAACCCCCAUGUGUGGGGUGCAUAUUGGCGGAUGCAACUGAACUGGCAGCUGACGAACCAUGUAGCAUGACCUGCGAAAAGCAAUUCUUACCUGCGAACAACACCUUCUUGUAUUGCUCCGAGGCAUGUCGAGUGCAUGAUCAAGCCCCCUCCCAGCCAGUACGAAGCCAUUCCUACUCUUCGUCACCACCGCUCACUCCAUACACCCGCCAAUUCUCUUCCUACCCCUCGACAACCACCUACGAAGACGGACCUGAUAUCAUCCCUCGCUUCUCACCUACCCAAUCCCGCCCACGCUCAUACUUCAACUCCGAUCCAUACCCCCAAGCACAAUCAUACCAACCCACUUCAACAGAAUACUCAACCUCUCCUCAGCAAACACAAUAUCACCACUCCAGCUCCUCCACAGCACUCGCCUCCCUCCGUGAACUCGCAACUGCCCUGCCCAAAAUCAGCAAAAGCAGCCGAAACCGCGAUCCUGAAUCUCCACCAAAAAGCAACGCGAGCUCAAUAACGCGCACUGGUUCAGGAGUCUGGGACUACAUACCCUUCGCAUCAAGCAGCAAAACUGCAAGUCCCACGCCAAAUGCUACACCGGGAAACUCUUAUACAAAUACCAAUGGUGGUGGGUAUGCGGUAAGCCAGAGCUAUGGCAUUGCGGGUAGGAGUAAGGAGGAUUUGUAUGCGUAUGGAAAUGGUGCAGGCUAUGGGUAUGGGAAGAGUCAUGGGACGGGCGUGUACGGAAAUACCGGAGGGAUGGGCAUGGACAGGCCGUUACCGCCUAGGACAGCCAGCCAUAGGCCGAAGAGUGUUGAUCUUGUUACGCCGUUCUCGGGUCAUUAA